GAAAAUGGAGCCAACGUCGGUUUUCAAUGAGUACGUGGAAACCAAAUAUUCUGGUACGAAAACGAAAAUGACGAAAAUGAAAAUGGGGUUUCACUUUUGGGAGUUUCCCUCCGAGCUCGUCCUCCAUUUCCCGCUCACCAAAUCCCGAUUCAUCUUCGAAAACUGGUUCCGAAUCCCUCAUUCAUUUGCAAAUGGAAUUGAAGGUUAAAUGAGAGAGAGAGAGAGAGAGAGAGAGAGAGAGAGAGAGAGAACGAGAGAUGGUGUGCGGAAGUGGAAAUAACGGAUUUGCUAAGACCAUAUGCUCAAUCUGCUACGAGGAUCUCAAGCCCAUCGUCGAAGACCUCCAAUCCAUCUCCAUUUGCGGCCAUGUCUUCCACGAGCUCUGCCUUCAGCAAUGGUUUGAAUACUGUUCGAACCGGAAGAAGAAGAACUGUCCCGUGUGCAAGCAGGCCUGUGCCGAGGCCAAUGUGGGCAGGCUUUAUUUCCAGUCAGUGGGCGAUCCCACGCAAUCUCAGAAACCGGUUGAUUGCGAAGAGAAUCCGGCGGAGUUGCGAAUGGAAGUUGAGAAAUUGAAGGGGAAGGUUUUGGGGCUCAAUUCGGCUUUGGAGCGUCAGGAGAAAGACGUGGAAGAUCUCACCAAGGAGCUGCUUCUAAGCAAGGAGAAGGCCAAGACAGAAUCAGCACUGAAAGAUGAAGCUUUGCGACAGAAAGUGUCUAUUCAACAGUUGCUUCGUCUGAAAUCAGAGGAACUAGAUAGAUCAACUUUGGAAUGUGCGAGGGUGCAGGAAAGGAAUAUGGCCUUGGCUAAAGAGCUUGCUGCACUCAAGCUGGCCUCUGAUUUGAACUUGGAAGAGGAAGAAAUUCUGAAACUUGCUUCUUUAGGUAAUCAGACCAACAACAAAGACACAAUAGAUGUUCUCAAGAAGACAUUGAUCAUGCGCAACAAGAGUUACAAGGAAUUGAUGGCCAAAUGCAAUGUUCUAGGAAGAGGGGAGGCCCGUUAUCUUCGUAAACUUGAGAAGACAAAAGAGAAAAUGAAGAAGUUGAAGAUUAGGAUCCAAGAACUGGAGACAUCUGUUGAAUUAAGAGACAAUGAAGUUUUGAGAGCUCUAAAAGUUUCCAAGAAAGCUACUUGGGGAGGAGCUACACUGGGUGAUGUUAAUGAGCAUAUAGACUAUGCAUUUGAGGAACCAACUGGGCAAAAAAUUAAUUUGAAUCAAACCAAAAGCAAAACCAACAAUAUAAAUUGUACAAAACUAGAGAAGCCCAAGCCUUGUAAAGCUGAUAAAAGCACUGCCUGUCUUGACAAAGGCAUAGGCUCUUUCCAUCUUAUGGAUGUGGAAACACCUGAAAUAAUCACUUCCAUACCUGACAUUUCCCAACCUUGUUCGAAAGUUGAAAUCAGCGAGGAUUUAUCUGUCUGGACAAGUUGUUUAUCAAGAAAAGAGGGAGAUUCAGAUACAAAAAAUGAAGCUGUAGCGAAUGGACUGUGUGUCAAAGAUGGGGUUUUAAAUUCAAUGACUGGUAAGAAGGGUGAUAUACUCAAUGCUUCAUCUGAUGCUAUGGAUGACGAGAUGGUAUUGCUUCUUGAUGACAUUAAACAAGUUCCGUCCUUUCUUCCUGUUAGAAAAGAAACUCAAUCACCAGUUCCAAUUGCCCAACCAGGUGACCUAUGUUUUUCUGGUGGCCUUCUGGGUCCUGAUGGAGCUAAAAGGCAUUUGGGGAAGUGGUGUAAGCGGGUCCAGGGUAAGGAAUCAGCAACAGCAUCCACAGCAGUGCAAGGAACAAGUGCACCUAGUAAUCUAAUUGUGGUCGGAGCUGAUGGUAGAGGUGGUAAAAUUAAAGUUCUGAGAUCGCUCCAUGAAUCAACAUUGGAUGGCAAGGAAACUUCAACUUGGGCAAAGAAAUGUAAGUAUGGAGCUAAAACAGGUAGUCUUCAGUCCCAAGGGUGCUUGCAGAUAGAACACUUCUUUAGAAGGGCAGGUCAGUAAUCUGAUAAGGAAGGUGCACACAUAAGUUCUGAAUGUAUCGUUAUAAUGUAGGUUGAAGACAAAGUUUGUUGUUGGUCGCUAUUGCACAUUGAUUGUGAAAUGAGAAAAAAAGAAAGAAAGAAAAAGCAGAAAAAAAAAUUGAUUAUCGAUCCUUCUCCGGAGGGUUCCUCUCAGAAAAGUCCAAGAAGCAAACUGCUCCUCGUACUCUGAGAUCAUUGGUUUAUGUGCAUUAUUGCUUCUUGGAGGCCGUAGCAAGUAUUGAACUUGUAAAUUUGCUGAUUGCAAUUGAAGUUGGUAUCUUUGACAAAGCGGGCAUGUUGCAGCAGAUGGUAGGGAAAACAAAUGAAAGAUACACAGACUGGCCAUAUUCCUGUGGGCAUAAGCUUAACAUUAUGUUCAAUGGACUAGAAUCUUCAAAAUUCCUAUGCAUGCACAUUACUUUAGGGUGAAAAAUCUUGAGGUUUGGUAUUGCGGAAGAAAUUGAGGCCCAGGGCCAAGGGAAUCCUAAUUUACUUGUCAGGAGACUGAAAAGGAUAGCAUGGUUGGUUGGUAUUGGUAAUUGGAAUGCUUUUGGACCAAUGCAUGACUAGUGUCUCUCACGUUUUGAGGGCUGCUGCUAUCUCUCACGUUUUGCUAAAAACAUAUGGGAAUAAAAUACGCAUGACCAUUAAUGCAGGUUAUAUUAUUAUUAUUAUUUUUUGAAGGAAUUGUCAAAAGACAUUUUUGU